AUGUACUCGUUUCAAAACUCCAAGAUUUUCAUCAUCUUUCUUUCUCUCAUUUCUCUCUCCUCCUCUCUGUCAUCCUAUUCUCCUCAGUUGGAAAUCCUGUAUUGGCCUAUCUCCAGCAGCGAACCUUCGGUACUUGCGCAUAUCUCAUACGAUCCCGCAUCGCUAAAGUCGGACCUAAUCAACUAUUUCCCUCCCGCCGACCUGUCAAAUAGCCCAGUCCGCGUAGGCUUUUACGUUACGGCGCCCACAAAUCAGAAGCACUGGGUCGGCACAACCGCGGCUGCGUCCUUGCUGGGGCCCAAUGAUGCACAAAAACCACGCCUCCGCCUACAUAUCAGUCCGUUAAACGAAAUAUAUCAUGUCUCCUUGAGCUCUGCAGCUGCAUCUAUCUCCUCACCCGAUAGCCUCCUACUUGAACUUGUGACAGAUGAAUUUGGCCCCCAUCCACACCUCAACCGCCCCAUUGUUGUUGGUCCAGACGGUAAGAAACCGCAGGAAGAACCCGAGAAGACCUUGUUUCAAAAGUAUUGGUGGGUGCUCCUUAUAGUUACAUUCUUAGCCAUGUCCGGGGGCGGGGAACAGCAAUGA